AAAAUCAAACGGAGUGGCAAAAAUUAUUUAUAUUCCCAAAUUAACCCUCUUUCUCUGUUUUUCCCUGUGCGCGUUAAAUCUCACACACACACGAUCUUAUUGCCAAAGUUCACGAGAAAAUCAAACAUUCCCAUUCUUUUGUGAACUGCUCUCUCUUGCAGUUUCAAUUAUCUCCUGAUUGUAUAUAUAUACACACAAACACACACUCAGGAAAAGUCGAUCACGAAGUCGGGUUGAAGCAGCUGCUCAACUCACGUUUCUUUCUUAGAAUUAGAAUUCUUAGUUGAACAAGAAAGUGAUUUUUUUUUUUUUUUUUUUUUUUUUUUUUGUGAUUCUCAUCUUUUUAUCAUCGCCGUUUCCUAGAUCUUUCUCUUUAAGAGUUCCUUUUCCCCCUGCCAGAGUUUUACCCAUCUAUCUCCCAGAUUUUGGCAUCUCUCAUCUGAAAGAAGGCACUUGAGAGGUUUGGAUGUUUCUAUGGGGGAGAGAGUUGAGAGUUGAGAAUUGAGAGUGAGUGUUUUCUGUGAAGAGCGCCUCUCACUGUCUACAUUCCAGUUUCUUUUGUCGUGAAUACAGAAUCAGAAGAUUGUAAAUAACAUGAAAAAUCUUGGACGCAGUGCAAUUGUUAGGAAACCGAACGAAAGUAUGAGGCUUAUUGUAACAACUUUUGUUGGAGUUGUUUUCGGCUUCUUCAUAGGAGUAUCAUUUCCGACUCUUUCAUUAACACAGCUGAAUCUCCCAUCCAACCUUCUUCCUUCACUUGAUUUUCCACACUUUGAGAACAAGAAUUCAGGAAUCUGGACCCUAAAAUAUUUGAAUGCUUGGUCUUCUAUGAACGCUAAUAGGAGCAACUCAACUCAAGCUCACAACUUGAAUGAUACAAUGAAGAUUUGGGUCCCAACAAAUCCUCGAGGUGCUGAAAGACUACCCCCAGGCAUUGUUGAAUCUGAAUCGGACUUAUACCCUCGAAGAUUGUGGGGUAAACCCAGUGAGGACCUAACUAUAAAACCGAAGUAUCUUGUUACCUUUACUGUUGGUAUUGGUCAGAAAAAUAAUGUUGAUGCAGCAGUCAAAAAGUUCUCAGAGAACUUUACCAUACUUCUGUUUCAUUAUGAUGGCCACGUAACUGAAUGGGAUGAGUUUGAAUGGUCAAAGAGAGCUAUUCAUGUUAGUAUACGGAAGCAAACGAAAUGGUGGUAUGCAAAACGGUUUCUGCAUCCUGAUAUUGUGGCGGCAUAUGACUACAUAUUUAUCUGGGAUGAAGACCUGGGGGUUGAGCAUUUUAAUGCUGAAGAAUACAUAAAACUUGUGAGGAAGCAUGGCUUGGAGAUUUCACAGCCUGGUUUGGAACCUAACAGAGGGUUAACAUGGCAAAUGACGAAGAGAAGAGGUGAUCGUGAAGUUCACAAAGAAACAGAGGAGAAACCAGGCUGGUGCAGUGACCCACAUUUGCCUCCCUGUGCAGCAUUUGUUGAGAUCAUGGCUCCUGUGUUUUCUCGAGAUGCAUGGCGCUGUGUGUGGCAUAUGAUUCAGAAUGAUUUGGUCCAUGGAUGGGGCCUUGAUUUUGCUCUCCGAAGAUGCGUCGAGCCUGCUCAUGAGAAAAUUGGAGUUGUAGAUUCUCAGUGGAUUGUCCAUCAAAGUGUUCCUUCACUCGGGAACCAGGGGGAAGCAGAGAAUGGGAAGGCACCAUGGCAAGGGGUGAGGGAUAGGUGUAAAAAAGAGUGGACAAUGUUUCAGAAUCGUGUGGCGAAUGCCGAAAGGACUUAUUACAAGGCAAAAGGAGUUGAUCCACCAAAUUCUACAAAUCACUAGGUGCGGCCGAUAGCAGAAGCUGCUGACUGUAUACAAUGGGAUCACCAUCACCGGCAUUAGUAUGCCUAGGGCGUUACGGAUAGAUUUAUACUAUCCAAAAUUGUUAUUGUAGAGAAUUUUAUUAGUUGUUAUUAGGGUUUAAGAAUCAAUAGGUACACCUAAAUUCUUUUCAAAGGCGGAUACGAAUUGUUGAAUGACAGUGGUCCACACAAAUGACCACAAGGUAAUCCAUCCAGUUUUAUAUUACUA